AUGGAACCAGUGUAUGGUAAAUUGGUGAUGCUCCUAAUCCAUAAGAAAUUUGGGUUUGGGAAAACAAUUUCUCCUUUGAUGGGACUGAAUUUGAUUGACAAUGGGUUCUUAAAAUCUGGAAGCUGGAUUGACAUUAGGGACCAUCCCUUGCUCUUUCUCUCGCGAGAAAACAUAGACAAGGAUUACUUUGGCGAAAAAAGAAACAAGUACGAAGUAAAAACGGGAAAGCGCCAAAAAGACAGCUGA